GGCGCGGCAGGAGGCUGCUUGGAAUGCGGGGAGGGCAUUCGCAGUCGCCGCUUCUAGGCUCGAGCUCAGUCCAUCUCAAGACCGAAGCCGAAGAGUCGGUCCGCGUCCUUUUCGCUGUUUCGCCAGUCACCGCGUCCUAGUGCGACGGCGACGCCGUCUCCGGAGUGCCAGUGAUCUCGAGUGAGUGCGCGCCCCGACACCGAAGCGCCCGGAGUCGACGACUCCUCCUCCUCUCUUUAAAACCUCCGGAGAGAACACGUCGUCCGGGUCGCAACGCGUAACUAGCCGUCGUUCGUGCACCCGUUUAAUCCCCGGAACGGCACCUUCAAAAGAAUCCGGUAAAUUGAGGAACCAUUACAAACAUAUUUAGAGAGCGAGCGCGCACCAACGGCCCCGUCGCAUGUUUUCAGGCCCGCUAGUAGCGCUUUUGUUCUGGUUAUUAGCAGCUCCAUAUCAAGGGAUGCACCAGCCGUCCAGGCCGCUCCACCAGGAUGCGUGAACGUCCGAAAUGACGCUGUCGACGAUGCUGCUGCUCCUGCUCCUGGCCGCGUCCAGGGCGGAGCACGUGCGCGACCUCGAGGUCUCCGAAGGGGCGCCCGUCGGCACCAGGAUUGGAUUCAUAGGUGAUGGGGCUUCCGACAGCGGGCCGCCCUAUCUCAUCGUUCCGGUGGGAAGUGCCGUCGAUUCGGACCUCAACAUCGACCAAACGACGGGGGAAAUACGGACUAAAGUGCCUUUGGAUCGCGAAACGCGGUCGAGUUAUUCCCUUGUGGCCAUCCCUAUCAGAGGUGACAAUGUGAAAGUGGUUGUUAAAGUGCUCGAUGAAAACGACAACGCUCCCACGUUUCCGACGUCGGUUAUGAGCAUCGAGUUCCCCGAAAACACGCCGAGAGACGUCAAACGGACUCUACACCCGGCGAGAGACCUAGAUCUUGACAUUUUCAACACACAAAGAUACAACAUUGUUUCGGGGAAUAUCAACAACACGUUCAGGUUAUCGUCACACAGGGAACGCGACGGAGUGCUUUAUUUAGACCUGCAGAUUAACGGGUUCUUAGAUAGAGAAACAACGCCAGCUUAUAGCCUCGUUAUAGAGGCAUUAGAUGGUGGAACUCCUCCUCUCAGAGGCGAGAUGAGGGUCAAUAUAACGAUCCAGGAUGUUAAUGAUAAUCAACCGAUUUUUAAUCAAAGUAGAUACAUUGCGACCGUUCCCGAAAACGCCACCGUUGGCACAACUGUCCUCCAGGUCUUCGCCACCGAUAAAGAUUCCGGAGAGAACGGUCAAAUCGAAUAUUCGAUCAAUCGGAGACAAAGUGAUCGAGAUAACAUGUUUAGAAUCGAUCCGACAACCGGUCUCAUCGUAGUCAACAAACCCUUAGACUUUGAAACUAAGGAACUCCACGAACUCGUCAUCGUAGCCAAAGACCAUGGUUUACAACCGCUAGAAACCACCGCUUUCGUCUCAAUCAGAGUAACAGACGUCAAUGAUAAUCAGCCCACAAUCAACGUCAUUUUCUUGAGCGAUGAUGCUACUCCGAAAAUCAGCGAAUCGGCACAACCUGGUGAAUUCGUAGCGAGGAUUUCUGUCAACGAUCCCGAUUCCAAAACGGAAUACUCCAACAUAAAUGUCACACUGAGUGGAGGUGACGGCCAUUUCGGGUUGACCACAAGAGAUAACAUCAUUUAUUUGGUAAUAGUGUCUUUGCCUCUGGACAGGGAAUUGCAGCCGAAUUACACUUUGGAUGUGGUCGCCACCGAUCGGGGAAACCCCCCGCUCCACGCCUCCAGGACCAUAAAUCUGAUGGUGACGGACAUUAACGACAACGCGCCCGAAUUCGACCAAGAAGUGUACCAAGCAAACGUGAUGGAAGUGUCCGAUCCUGGAACUUCCGUGAUCCAGGUCUUGGCCACCGACAAGGACGAGGGCAACAACAGUGCGAUCAGCUACUCGCUGCUGGACACCGUCGAGACGCAUUCGUCCUGGUUCCAGAUCGACCCUCGCAGUGGUUUGGUGACGACCCGCGCUCACGUCGAUUGUGAAACGGAUCCGGUGCCGCGUCUGACCGUAGUUGCUACAGAUAACGGUUUUCCGCCGUUGUCGUCUUCAGCGACAGUGCUAGUGACCAUCCACGACGUCAACGACAACGAGCCCAUCUUCGACCAGAGUUUCUACAAUGUUUCGGUGGCCGAAAACGAGGCCGAAGGACGCUGUAUUCUAAAGGUUUCGGCGACCGAUCCCGACUGCGGCGUCAACGCCAUGGUGAAUUACACUCUCGGCGAGGGCUUCGGGAAGCUGAAGGAGUUCGAAGUGCGUUCGGCCACCGGCGAGGUCUGCAUCACCUCUUCCCUGGACUACGAGACACGAAACGUGUACGAAUUUCCGGUCGUUGCCACCGACAGAGGAGGGUUGAGCACAACCGCCAUGGUGAAAAUCCAAGUAACUGAUGUCAAUGAUAACCGCCCCGUUUUCUACCCUCGUGUAUAUAACGUAUCACUGCGUGAGGGCGGCGCUUCGUCCUCGGCCACAACCCCUGUGGUGGUUGUUGCGACUACGGACCCGGAUUCUGGUCGUUUCGGCACCGUGACGUACAAAAUCGUGGCUGGGAACGACGCCGGACUUUUCCGGAUUGACAAAAACUCCGGUGAGAUUUUCGUCAAUCGGCCGAACCUGCUGUCAUCCCGGAGCCAGCCGUACCACCGAUUGAACAUCAGUGCUACGGACGGUGGUAAUUUGAAAUCUCUGGCCGAUGCCGAGGUGUUUAUCAGUGUUAUUGAUUCGGCGCAACGUCCGCCGAUUUUCGAACAUCCUCGAUACACCUAUUCGGUGAAAGAAGACGUGAGGAAGGAGACGAUAGUCGGGAAUGUCAAAGCCACUGUCAGAGAUUCAGGCGACCGCAAGAACAUCCGCUACUCGAUCUACUCGGGGGACCCGGAGGGUUUUUUCCGGAUCGACCCUUCGACUGGCGCCAUCCGAACGGCCUCAGCCCUGGACCACGAGCUCCGGAGCAGCGUUCUGCUCAACAUCCAGGCCACAAACGGCGAUCCUCCGGUGUACGGCCACACCCAAGUCAACAUCGAGAUCCAGGACGUCAACGACAACGCUCCGGAAUUCGAAUCGAACGUGGUCCGGAUUUCCGUUCCGGAAAACGUCGAAACUGGCAUUGCUCUCUAUGCGGCUCAUGCCCGCGAUCGCGAUUCCGGCGCUAACGGCGUCGUUCGCUACAAAAUCGUCAACAACGGCGCUACCGGAGGCCUGUUCAACGUUGACCCUAAGCUGGGUCACUUGACUCUGACAAGACAUUUAGAUUACGAAACGACCCAGCGGCACAGCUUGAUUAUAACAGCGACCGACACUGGAAUUCCACCAUUAUCUGCCAACUUGACGGUGUUGGUCGAGGUGCAAGACGUGAACGACAAUCCUCCGGUCUUCGAAAGGAAUGAGUACAGUAAGAGUGUGGAGGAGUCGAGACCGGUCAACUCGCAGAUUCUCCAAGUAACUGCGGUGGACUUGGAUACCGGAAACAACGCCAGACUGACUUACAGACUGCUUCCCGGAAACAACACCGGGGAGGUUUUUGGGAUUUUUCCCAACAGUGGCUGGCUGUACUUAAAAGGAAGUCUAGACAGAGAAACGAAGGAUCGCUACGAACUGACAGUCACUGCCACCGACAACGGUACUCCUUCGCUAAGCGCCACCGCAAAAGUCCUCGUUAAAGUCAGUGAUGCCAACGAUAACGAUCCGAAAUUUAUGAAAGAAAGCUACGAAUUCAGCAUUGAGGAAAACCUGCGAUCGGGCUCACCCGUCGGAAAGCUCUCAGCCACCGACGAAGACAUCGGAAUUAACGCCGUAAUUCGCUACAGCCUGAUACCCGGAAACACCAGCUUCCAGAUAAAUCCAGCAAGUGGCGAGAUCACCGCCAAAGAGCCCCUCGAUCGGGAGCGGAAAGAAACCUACGAUCUUGUGGCCGAGGCGCGGGAUCAAGGUACUCCUUCGAGGAGCAGCAGGGUGGCGGUGAAAAUCCACGUGUUGGACGUCAACGACAACGUCCCGGAAAUUAUUGAUCCGCAGGAGGACGUGGUUAGCGUCCGCGAGGAACAACCACCAGGCACUGAAGUUGUAAGAGUACGAGCCGUUGAUUCCGACAACGGCCAAAAUGCCUCCAUCACCUAUUCGCUCUUAAAACGCCAAGAUUCGGACGGUUAUGGGGUCUUUAAAAUCGAUCCUCUCACCGGGGUCAUACGAACAAGAAUGAUGCUAGACCACGAAGAGAAGACUAUUUAUCGUUUGGCGGUCGUCGCCAGCGAUGCUGGGAAACCUCCGAAACAAACCGUCCGAGUACUGAGAGUGGAGGUUUUAGACUUGAACGAUAACAGACCCACCUUUACCAGUUCAAGUCUAGUUUUUCGAGUUCGCGAAGAUGUAAAAAUCGGACACGUUGUAGGCACAGUAGCUGCGUCUGAAUCUUCGGAUCAGGAAAAUAUGAUCAGUGGGAGUACCGGAGGACACAUUACCUACACUUUAACAUCGCUAAUGCCGGAGAAUGUUAUCGACGCUUUCGAUAUUGAUCGAAGCACCGGCUCUCUGGUCGUGGCUAAGGAAUUAGACAGGGAGCGCGAAUCCGAGUAUCGGUUGGAAGUACGGGCUUUGGACACAAGUGCGAUGAAUAACCCCCAAAGUAGCGCGAUAACGGUGAGGAUCGAUAUCGCUGAUGCUAAUGAUAACUCUCCGCGUUGGCCCGAAGACCUCGUCACAAUUUCCUUGGGCGAAAACACGGCAAUUGGUUCUUCGAUCCACAAUUUCACCGCAACGGACGUCGAUAGUGGCAGUAAUGGGGACGUCCGGUACCACCUCCUCCACCAGUACCCAACCAACGAUACUUUCACGAUUGACACCCUCACGGGAACCCUAAUCCUCUCCAAUUCACUAGACUACGAAACAGUGCAAGAAUACACGAUCAUAAUUUCGGCCACCGACCAGUCCCUUAACAUAUCGGAGCGCAGAUCUUCAUCAAUCACCGCUCGUGUUAUCAUAACCGACUCGAACGACAACCCCCCGAAAUUCGUGAUCCCGGUGCCCCCCACCGCUUUCAUAAGCGAAUCCAGCAGCAUAGGCAUGAAAAUCACCCACUUGGUGGCCGUCGACAGCGAUAGCGGCGAUAACGGCCGUGUGACAUAUGUGAUUUCGAGCGGAAAUGAAGGCAGUUUAUUCGCGUUGGGUUACGACACGGGCGUUUUGACCUUAGCCAAACCUCUUCCUGACGCACAAAGAACUUACGUUCUAAAUGUAACAGCCACUGAUCACGGGACGCCUACACUUCAUGCCGAUAUGGAGCUAAAAUUAAUCGUGCAAGGAUCCGAAGUGAACCCUCCCCGCUUUUUCAAUGCCUUGUACCGGGCAGACGUACCGGAAGACGCACCUGUCGGUACCUUCGUCACUCGCAUCACCGCCAAAUCUGGCCUGGGUGAAGAUGGUGGUAACAUCACUUUCUACAUACCACAAGAAAUCGCCGACGGGGCUUUUCAAAUCGACCCUACCUCCGCCGUAAUCACCACAAGCAAAUACUUAGACCGCGAAACAAAAAGCACAUACACGCUCCCCAUCUACGUUAUCGACAGCACCACACCGGGCAAAACCCUCUUCGACGUCGCAACUAUUACAAUCGAAGUCACCGACGUCAACGACAAUGCGCCCGAAUUCAAAAUCAACUCGUGCUACAGACUUUACGUCCCCGAAAAUAACGACAUCGCGGUCAUCCAUACGGUGGUUGCCAAAGACUUGGACGUGGGACUCAACGGAGAAAUUACGUACAGUAUCAACGGGGGAAACGUCGGGAAUAAAUUUAUCAUCGAUAAUAGAACGGGAGCAUUGACUGCGAAACCUCUCGACCGUGAAUCACAUUCGAGGUAUUACCUAACCAUCACGGCACAAGACAGAGGCAAACCCUCCAUGAUGGGCUCCUGCAAUAUCACCGUGAUGGUCGAGGACCAGAAUGACAAUGACCCCAAGUUCGACCUCUCCAAAUAUUCCACCACCAUUCCGGAGGAUAUUUCAAUUGACACUUCCAUAAUCAAAGUCCAUGCGUCCGAUGCCGACAUGAGCGUCAAUGCUCGCAUCAUCUACUCUUUGGCCAACGAAAGUCAGUGGUUAUUUCGCAUCGACAACAAAACCGGAGUCAUCACCACAGCCGGAUUAUUCGAUCGGGAGCUACAGUCGGUCUACAAUUUUUUAGUGGUAGCGACCGACAGUGGUAAAUACAACGCUAGGUCGCAAAGAGUACCGGUCACAGUACGCAUUGAAGACAUCAACGAUAACAAACCGAUUUUCACGCAAUAUCCCUUUCGGGAACAAGUGGCUGCGUACAAACAACCCGGACAGACUAUUCUAAAAAUUACAGCGAAAGACGCUGACUUUGGCACCAACUCUGAGAUCGUCUACAGUCUUGUCAAUGACGGGUCCUACCCUAAAUUCCGCAUCAACCCUAACACCGGUAUUCUAACAGCAACGCAAAGUCUUGCGGCGGAAAACGGCCGUGUUAUUCACCUCAACGUAAUAGCGACCGAUAAAGGUAACCCCCCACAAAGCUCCACCGGACUUGUCGAAAUCAUCGUUGGCGAUAUACCCGACGGAACGCCUCAACUGCGUUUCCAAAACUCAACCUACAUCGUCAACAUCGCGGAGAACACGGAACAGUUCAAAGACAUCGUCCGUGUGUCGGCAGUUCGCACGGACGGCCGUCGCCAGCGCAUCCACUACUCGUUCGGGACAGGAAACGAGGACAACAUCUUCAACAUUGACACCGAAACGGGCGUUAUCCAGGUCCACGACCCGAAAAACCUCGACUACGAGCUCCACAAAGAGAUACGACUUGUCGUCGAGGCGAAAACCGAAGGGGGUCCUGUUUUGCACGGGUAUUGCGAAGUUGUGAUGCAACUAACCGAUAUCAACGACAACGCGCCUAAAUUCACCCAACAGCAAUACUCCGCCUCGGUCUGGGAGGGCAACAAGAAAGGGGCGUUCGUGCUUCAAGUCGUUGCGUUUGAUGACGACGAAGGGCACAAUUCGCGCAUUCGGUACCACUUUCUGGACGGGAAUCACGACAAUGCGUUUAAAAUCGAGCCCGAGUUUAGCGGGAUUUUGAAAACUAAUAUUGUGUUGGACCGCGAAAUUCGCGAUAAUUACAAACUGACUGUUAUCGCAACGGACGAAGGGGUGCCCCAAAUGACCGGGACGGCCCGAAUUGUGAUCAAUGUGGUCGAUGUUAAUGAUAAUCAACCGACGUUUCCGCCACCAGCGACCAUCAAAGUCAGUGAAGCGACUGAAGUUGGGACGGUUUUGACGACAGUGGCGGCCAACGAUGUCGAUACGAAUCCUACGCUGACUUACGACUUUGCGAAAGAUAAUGCCAGGGAAGACUUGGAGUUUUUUAGUAUCGAUAGGUUCAGUGGGAAAAUCAUUUUAAAGAAAACGCUAGAUUUUGAGACUUGGCAGGAAUAUAAAUUGAAAAUUGUGGCUUCGGAUACGGCACAUACCACCAAAACGACUCUCACGAUCAAAGUUACAGAUGUGAAUGAUAAUGCCCCUGUGUUUUCGCAACUGGUGUACCAAGCGAAUUUACCAGAGGGGCAUUCGACAGAAUUGAGUGAGAUUCUGACUGUUAACACCACUGAUAGUGACUCAGGUGAUAAUGCCCGAGUGGAGUACUUUCUACUUAACCCGAUCCCAAGUUUUGCGAUUGGACGCACUGAUGGCAUUUUACGCGCAAAUCUAUCAAACAUUUCAACAACGCAAGACGUUCAACUUUACGUGCAAGCGACUGAUUUGGGGAAACCUCCACUGAAAUCAGUUGUGUCAGUCCGAAUCAAGACCAACAACAGGUCGGGACACGUGUCAUCAAGCAACAAAAAAGACUACAAAAUCCAAAUUCCUGAGAGUACGCCAAAGGGUACUAUCGUACUUCACUUAGGGAAACCGCCUAAUGUCCAGAAACAAGCCAGUUUUUACAUAGUCGACGGUAACGAAGAGGGUGCUUUUGAAGUGUCAAGUCCCACAGGAGCACUGAUUGUGGUCAAGACACUCGAUCGGGAACACCGGGACUCCUACAGUCUCAAAAUCACCAUCGGGGACUCGGCGGUGAUUGCUGUUUCGAUUAUUAUUGUCGACACAAAUGACAACGCUCCUGUGUUCAAACAAAGCGACUACGAGACCACCAUCAGCGAAGGUACUCCUGUUGGUACUUCCAUUAAAAAGUUUGAAGCGACUGACGGUGACUCCGCCGGGCCUAACUCUGACAUUACGUACGAUAUAACAUCAGGAAACGACGAACUUUUGUUCCGAUUGGACGUAAUUUCUGGCGUAUUGUUCGUCAAUGGUACUUUAGACUAUGACGAUGGUGUCACUGAGUACAAUCUUGUGGUACGGGCAUGUGACCGAGCUGCUAUUCCUCUGUGUACCCUCAACACUUUUUCGAUCGAACUUCAGGAUGAGAAUGACAACGAACCAAAAUUCCCGGUCUCGGAGUACUUGGAAUUUGUGGGCGAGAACGAAUCAAUUGGCACUUCUGUGUUUACGGCACACGCGACUGAUUUGGACAAGGGUGCCUUUGGUUCCUUAAACUACUCCAUAGUGAGUGCUAGUUCAGUCAAUUAUCCUGGAACCGACGAUUCUUGGCGUUUGUUCAACAUCGAUUCGUCCACCGGGAUGGUCACAACCAACGUUAUAUUUGACUACGAGCAACAAAGCCGGUAUGUGUUCAUAGUGCGUGCGACGGACGUGGGAGGCAAAUCCUCCAAUGUGAAAGUGCGUGUGGAGAUCGAAAGUAAGGACGAGUUCCAUCCGCAGUUUACGGAACGGACUUACAAGUUCGUUUUGGCGACUUCGGUGGUUCUCCCCGUCGGUUACGUGGUGGGCCAUGUGAUAGCCACCGAUCGGGACAAAGGCCCCGACGGACGCGUAGUGUACCAACUAACUACCCAACACUCCUAUUUUAAAAUAAACAGAACGACAGGUGCUGUGAUGAUCAAGAAAAAGUUCGAUAACGAGGGACUUGAAUCGGGCCGUGAAAUUAGUCUAGUGGUCACCGCGAGCUCCGGACGUCAAGGUUCCUUAACAAAUAUGACAGUGGUUGAAAUAACACUCGAUCCGUUAGCCGAUCCGGGCACCAAUUUAGCCAUAAAUCGCGAAAAUAACACCACGGUGGCAGCAGCCAACGGCGGAAUCGCCGAUUGGGCGUUGGGGCUCCUAAUCGCUCUGAUUCUCCUCCUGAUCACGUUCGGGGCCGUUUUCGUGUUCUUACACAUGCGGAAUAAGCGCAACAAGAAGAUAAAUAAACCGAAUUUGAACAGUGAAAGUGUCAGUACUUCGAAUAAUUACGUCGAUCCGAGCGCCUUCGACACUAUACCUAUCCGGGGCGGCGGAGGGGUUGUCACAAGCGGUACCAACCAAUUCGCUCCGCCGAAGUACGACGAAAUCCCCCCGUACGGACCUGGACACGCUGCCAGUUCGAAUUCGGGGGCUGCGACAACGUCGGAGUUGUCCGGGUCGGAACAGUCGGGGUCAAGCGGACGGGGGUCAGCGGAAGAUGGGGAAGACGGCGAAGAUGAAGAAAUUCGCAUGAUUAAUGAAGGGCCGCUCCAAAGGGAUUCAGGGAUCCAUCGCCAAAAUGACGACGACGAUAAUUUAUCGGAUGUUUCCGUGAGGAACACGCAAGAGUAUCUGGCGCGGCUUGGGAUUGUCAAUAGCAGCGGAGUGCAACAAGGCACUUCUCGUCUUUGUUCCGACCCCCGCGCUGGGAGUAGCAAAGAAUCGAUCCACCACCACCAAGGAGUGCCCCUUGAUAGCCUGCACAUCUUCGACGAAGAGGGCAACAACGAGAACGACAUGACCUUGAUAUACGCCAAACUGAACGACGUGGCUGGAAGUGACCGCGCGAGUUCGACGGACGAGGGCGGCGGAGUCAACACCUCGACUCUGGAGCAUGUCAUGGCGAUGGGAGGCUACGGCGAGGUCCCGGCCGUGACGCACCAGCCCUCCAUGAACGGCUCCCUCAGUUCCAUCGUGCACAGCGAGGAGGAGCUGGCCGGGAGCUACAACUGGGACUACCUCCUCGACUGGGGCCCCCAGUACCAGCCCCUAGCGCACGUAUUUUCCGAGAUUGCAAGACUGAAAGACGACACGGCGUCGGUGAAGAGCGGCGCCAGCGGCAAUUCCAGUGUGAAGAGCAAGAGCUCGGCGCCGGCGAAGAGCAUCCCGCCGCCGCUGAUCACGAGUGUGGCCCCCAGGUCCAUAGCGAUGCCCGUGCUGAAUUCGCGAGGGGGUUCUAGUCAUCACGCGGGGGGCCACAGUCAGAUGAUGAUGCUGCCGAGGUCGCCCAUCAACCACGACGCCUCGGGGGCGACGUUCAGCACCUCGACGGCGAUGUCGCCCAGCUUUUCGCCGAGUUUGUCGCCGCUGGCCACGAAAUCGCCGUCGAUUUCGCCCCUGGUGACGCCCGGCUUGCCGACGAGUCACCACGUGAUGGGGCGACAGCCGCCCCAAACGCGGACGAAAACUGUGGUAGAUGCGGAGUUGCGGAUUUGAGAGACGUUUUUUUAAAUCGGUGUACAAUAAUUUCGUGUAAAUAAUUAGAAAUGCUCACUAGGUAGUGUUCUUCUGCCUGCCAUUUUUAGCCAUAAAAACUAACUUUUGUAAUAUGCUUUUUGUGUUUUUGUAUAAAUUUUUCUUAAAUUAUUGUAGAUAUGUAUGUAACUGUUUUUUAUUCAUUGUAUUUAUAAACAGCGAUGAAUCUAAAUUAUUGUCCAUUUCGAGUGUUGUUAACCAAAUUGUGUUUGUUAUUAUGUUGAUGUAUGAUCCAAGAUGAAUGUGACUAGUUUUAGUACUAAAUAAUUGUGUCAUAAGAAACGUUGAUGCUGUAUAAAAAUGUACAAAUAAAAUAAAUGAAAGUUUUCAAAUAAA